AUGGCCGAAGAGUGCUUAUUCUGGUUCGUAUACACUGUCGCAGAGGCAGAAAAGCUCAUCAUUGACGCUAGAUUUCCGCCGCCGAGACGUCGCGGAUUUGGCUUCCUUAUAGCCCUUGAGCGUUUCGGGCCCAACCAAACUCUGACUGAGUGUCUAUACCAAGCCAACGACACCCUCGUCACCUUCAUUCAGAUCGAGAAACGGGGGGCCAUCGAUAGCGUCGAAUACGUUGCUGCCGUCGACGGCGGCGAGGCUGAGAAUUGCAAAACUAUGCCGGCUGGCAUUCGGCUGGCAGGCAACAGCAUCAGCUACCCUGUUCAAAAUGGAGUGCUUGGCCCCGAGCUGAAGGCAGGAAUGGAUCGAAUCUUGGCUGCUACUAGAAAGGCAGGAAAGACGACUGGUGUCUACUGCAAGGACUCGACGCAGCCACGCGAGUUUGCCCAAGAGGGAUAUGACAUGAUGGUCGCCGUGACAAGACUACACUGCAAUCCAACACAUAACUAG